AUGAUGCCUACCAAAGCUCGCAGGCUACGGGCGACGAACGAGAAAGAUGCGUUGGCGCGAUCGGAAGUUGAUUCGGAACUUGCGCAGAGACACGGCAAGACACUGUCUGAUCUUGCAGAAGCGAAAUCGAAGAUAGCCCACUUGGAGUUGCAACUGAAAAUAUCGCAGGAAGCGCAGCUUGGCGAGAAAAUGACAUCUAAUCAUGCGUCCAGUUCCAACCACUCUUCAGACGGCAAAGGGGGUACAGAUUCAGCAGCAAAGGGAAGAAAGUCAACGAAAAGAACGGGUUCUGGCUAUGUAUAUUACCGUCUAUACACCGAAAUAGGCGCAUUCGAAUCAAAUCACCCUCUCUAUAAGAACGACCGUUUCAUUGGUCGCGUUCCAACGAAGUCUUUUGCCCCUCCUCAUAACGUAGCGUCUAUCAAGCUGUCCCUGUGCGGACUUGAGGACCUUUCGGAGCCCGACAAGGCGCUUCUAUUCACACCACUCUCAAGCCCAGCACCUAAAGAAGACUCUGCCCGCCUCUCUUUGAGUGCUCCUUCUGGACCAGGCCUGUCCGAACUAGAUCCGAUCGUGUUGGUGGUCAAGUCGGAGAAGAGGACCAAAGAGGUCUCCCAAUUGGAGAAGUCAUUGCCGGAACGCUCUGAUGAUAUCGAUAUCAAUUACGUAUACUAUCGCAUUUACUCAUCAGAGGGAAAAGGAGAUACAAAAGCAAAGACAUCCUUUGACGAAAGUGAUAUUUCGUUAGGACGCAUCAACCUCCUCUUCAUCGCUCCCCCUCACACCGCCGGGUCUUUGAAAGCAUGCAUCGCGAAAGUUGAAGGCGUCGUCACCCCGGGUCAUCCACUUUACAAGCACGUAAAACUCUUUGAGGACAUGAAUGGUGACACUGCCAUGAGUGACACCGAUGUCAUAUCCUUCCAAGGUGACACUUAUCCGGGUAGCGAUGCAGAUGAUCCCGUAGCCCUUGUCAAACCAGAUGGACCAGAUUCAAAAUUCACGAAACGCGCUCGGUUACGCUGUACUUACGACUACCAUAGCAGUAAUUCUGCCUGGCUAUCAAUAACCAAAGAUGAGGUUGUUUACACGGAUGGAGUUAACGUCUCUGCGAGGUACUACCCUCACAACAAGUCUUAUCCAGCAUACAUGGUGAUUAAUUCCAAUGGUGAAAAAGGCUUUGUGGAAAAGGAACGGAUUGCUUUUUAUUGAUGGGUGAGCAUCGGAGAGAAUGUAUACUUUCGGAAUGGGAUAUGUCAGGUU